CACUGGCACUCGCCUCUCGACCGUGCGAUGAAGGUCGUCCACGUCGACGCCGAGGGCACGCGGCGAUGCUACCUCGAAGAUAGCCGAGGCGACGACGAAUUCCUCGUGAGCGCCGGCUCCGGCAAGAACAACUACCUCUUCUGGACGCCGCUGGCGACGCUGCGCGCGCUCGGCGCCGAGGAUGCGCCGCUCGACGGCCGCGCGCUGCGCGCGUGGCUCGACGGCGAGCGCGGCGCGCCCGUGACGCCGCCGGCGCGCGCGAGCGUGACCUGGACGUCGAAGCGCUUCGGCGGCGCGGUCUACCGCGUCAAGGCCGGCGCCGUCGGCGCGUGGCGGUGCUGCGUGGCCUACGACGACGGCACCAUCGAGCGGGGCGUGCGCUACAACCGCGUCGCCUGGGACGACGCGAACGACGGCGAGGCGCACGCGCCCUGGGCCGACGCGCCGAACCCGAAGAAGCGGAAGACCGACGACGACCCCGCGGCGGCCGCGCGGCGCGCGGCGCGCGGCGACGCGGUGCGGCCCCUGCUGCCGCGGGGGCGCGGCGGCGCCGCCGAGGACGUCGCGGCCUUCUUCGCCUUCGUGCACGAGCGCCAGGAGAUCUGGCGGAAGCGCGCGACGGGCGGCGACCCGCCGUGGACGGACGACGGCCUGCUGCGCGAGUACGUCUUCUGCAACAACUACCGCGAGCUCGACCGGGGCACGAUCUACUUCCGCCGCUGCGUGGAGCAGCGGAAGCGGUCGCGCGCCGCGAAGCGCGGCGCCGCCGAGGCGCCGGAGGCCGCGUUCAAGGACGCGCUCUGGGAGAGCCUCGCGUAUCGGCUCCUGAACAAGAUCGAGACCUUCGCGUCGGCCUGGCGGCCCGGCGGCGGCAUCCCGUCGCCGGAGCCCAAGUCCUGGAACGCCUUCGCCGCCUUCCUCCGCGACGCGCACGCGCGGGGGCCCAUCUUCUCCAACGCGCACCAGACGAUGGGCCUCGAGCGCUACCUGGCGACGAUGGGCGACGUCCGCGCGCGGCUCGGCGCGCUCGGCGCGGAGGUCUUCGCGCUGCGGGGCGACGUCGAGGCCGUCUUCAAGAAGCUGCGCACGCUGAACAACGUCGGCCCCUUCCUCGCGUGGCAGGUCGUCUGCGACCUCUUCGAGUCCGACGUCUUGGACGCCGCCGCGACGGAGGACGACUGGGUCAUGCUCGGCCCCGGCGCGAAGCGGGGCCUCGCGCGCUGCUUCGGCAAGGUCCACCCCAUCGACGAGCUCGACCUCGCGAAGCUCUUGGCGAGCGUCCAGCGCGACGCCUUCAGGAGCCUCGGCCUCGACUUCGCGUUCUUCGCGGGCAAGCGCCUCACGCUCAAGAACGUCGAGCACUGCCUCUGCGAGUUCGAGAAGUACCGCAACAACGGCGCGGGCAUGCGCCGCUACGCGAGCCGCGCGCACCUCGACGCGGACGUCGUCUGCGCGGUCUGCGAGGACGCGACGGACGCGAAGGACGCGGACCUGCUCCUCUGCGACCUCUGCAACGUGCCCCUCCACACGUUCUGCCUCGACCCGCCGUUGGACCGCGUGCCCGAGACCGCCGAGUGGCUCUGCCCGGCCUGCGCCGGCCGCUGGGCGUCGUCGAAGUAACACGCUGGCUUGUUG